UACGUAUCACUAGGGUGACAAGGCUCCGCAGUUGUUUUUACUCUAUGACAGCUGUGUGAGCUCUCCUAUUGGGCCAACUUGAAUUCUUCAUGGAUGGGGUGGCUGGCUAUAUUUAGAGGGGGCACGGUUAUAUUAAAGUGGCUUCAGACCUGGUGGCCUAUAGUUCUUUGUCUACACCAGCCGGGACAGUCUGUCGGGAACACCUCCAUCCACUUCCUGUCCUAAAAGAAUGGAUCCCGAAAGCAUGAGGGAAGACCUCCGUCUGUUUCAGAGCACUCUGCUGCAGGACGGACUCAAAGAGCUCCUGAAUGAGAACAAGUUAAUUGAUUGUGUCCUAAAGGUUGGAGACAGAAGCAUCCCCUGCCAUCGCCUCAUACUGUCCGCUUGCAGUCCUUAUUUCCGGGAGCUGUGCUUCUUAGAAGAUGGCAAGGAAAAGGAUACAAUGGAGGUUAUUCUGGAGAACAUGGAUCCCAAUGUGAUGGAGGCGAUUGUAAAUUACAUGUACUCAGCAGAGAUUGACAUCAAUGACAACAACGUGCAGGAUAUUUUGGCCGCUGCCAACCGCUUCGAGAUCCCCUCGGUGUUCACGGUUUGUGUGAAUUAUCUCCAGAAGGGGCUGACAAAGAAAAACUGCCUUGCCAUCUACAGGCUGGGACUGAUGCUGAACAGCGCCAGACUGGCAUUGGCAGCUCGAGAUCACAUUGCAGAUCGGUUUGAGACCGUAGCCAAGGACAAGGAUUUCUUAGAGCUCGCUCCGCCUGAACUCUUUGCCAUUAUUGGAGCAGACGCACUGAAUGUAGACAAAGAGGAAGUGGUGUUUGAGACCCUCAUGAGGUGGAUCAGAAAAGACAAAGAGAAGCGCGCGAAAUCCUUAGAGGAGGCCUUUGAGUGCGUUCGCUUCCGUUUACUCCCAGAGAAGUACUUCAAGGAGAAGGUGGAGAAGGAUGACCUCAUUAAGACUGACCCUGAGCUUCUUAAAAAAAUCAAAGUCAUUAAGGAAGCCUUUGCGGGGAAGCUGCCCGAGAGAAAGAAGGGAGAAGAUGGUGAGGAAGGAGAGGAGGGAAAGUUGCCCGGCUAUCUCAAUGAUACGCGCAGAUAUGGCAUGUAUGCCAAAGACAUGGUCCUGAUGAUCAAUGACACUGCUAGUGUGGCUUACGACACCCAGGAGAAUGAAUGUUUUCUUGUUGCAAUGGCAGAGCAGAUCCCCCGAAACCACGUCAGUGUGGUAUCGAGGAACAACAUCCUGUAUGUGUUGGGAGGACUGUUUGUAGAUGACGAGGACAAGGAAAACCCUUUGCAGUGUUACUUCUACCAGUUGGACAGUCUCACUGCUGAAUGGUUCGCUCUGCCGCCCAUGCCCUCCCCCAGGUGCUUGUUUGCUGUGGGGGAAUGUGAAAAUCUUCUCUUUGCUGUCGCAGGAAAAGAUUUACAGUCCAAUGAGUCUCAGGACACUGUUAUGUGCUAUGACACUGAAAAAAUGAAGUGGUCUGAAACUAAAAAGUUGCCCUUGAAUAUCCACGGCCACUGCGUGGUGUCUGAGAACGGGCUGGUGUACUGUAUUGGAGGAAAAACGGAUGACAAUAAAGCAACCAAUAAGAUGUUUGCAUACAACCACAAGAGAUCAGAGUGGAAGGAGGUGGCCUCCAUGAAAACGUCUAGAUCCAUGUUCGGGGCAGUUAUCCACAACGGGAAGAUUGUUGUCGCUGGAGGAGUCAAUGAGGAAGGCCUCACAGCUGCAUGUGAAACUUAUGACUUUGGAGCCAACAAGUGGUCACCCUUCACAGAGAUGCCCCAGGAGAGGAGCUCGGUCAACCUGGUGAGCUGCGGAGGGCAGCUGUACACUCUGGGAGGCUUUGCCAUGGUGGAGAACGAGGACAAAGAGUGUGAACCCACUGAAACCAUCGACAUUUGGCAGUAUGAAGAUGACAAGAAACAGUGGACUGGUAUCAUCAAAGAGAUGCGUUAUGCAGCCGGUGCUUCCUGUGUGACCAUGCAUCUGAAUGCAGCCCGAAUGCCCAAACUGUGACAGCAGUCCAGGGACAGACAAGGCACUUUAGCUUUACUGCUGUAGGCAAAAUAUUAUGUACAUGAUCUUAUUUAGUGGCUCGUUGUUGUAAUUUAACAUUUUAACAUAACACGUCACCUUUGCCUGUUCUGUGAGUGGUUUAAUGAAAUGUAUCAUGGUUUUAAUUGGCUUUUUUCUUGUCAUUUGGGCCAGGCCUAGUUGUUGAUUCUGAUCUAUUAAAAAAACAUCACUUUCACUUAUUAAAAUGUAUAUUACUGUUGAAGG